ACCACACUCCUGUAUCCCUGUUGUCUGCAGAGUAGCCUCUCUAGUGGAAGGUAGCAGGCAGCCCUGAGAGGGCAGAGGACACAUACAGCACUUGUAAGAGUCCUGUCACAUCAUCAUAAACCGCUGCAAUUACCGAGCUAGAUACAGCAGCUUGAAGAAACGUGCAGUAAGACUUCAGAUAAAAGGGCACUUUCAAGCCGGGAAAGGACGCCAGUGGGGAUUUAUGUUUGCUUUACAGCAUUGUCUCUGCCUGCGCAACACAGACUGAAAGGCUACAGGAAGUAAUACAGAAACCUUAUUACUCCAGCUUUGACAGAACAUCAAGCAGCAAUAGUUCACAGUGCUUUGUACUUGGCAAUUUCACCACAGAAUUCCAGAGGAUAAAAACAGCACAACUGAAAAAAAUUCUUCUGACAGAUUUUAAAAAAAGAUAUCUUUUGGUUGCACUUAAUAUACAAAGGACUUUCUAGACUGAGAACAGACACAGAAAAUGUUGAUUUCAUCUCUGUUUUUCUUCAGCUGCAGUCUUUCCUUGGGAACUGGGUUUCACAAGACUAUGGAUAACACUGGAAAAAGACAUUAUCAAAUUCAGCAUGGACCUUGCAGCUAUACCUUCUUGCUUCCUGAAGUGGACAACUGUCGCUCAAUGGCAAAUCAUGUUGUGGCUAACACAGUGCAAAGAGAUUCUCCUGAAACAGAUAAUGGUGGCUCUGUGCAAAGGCUUCAGCUACUUGAAAAUAUUAUGGAAAACAAUACGCAGUGGCUGCAGAAGCUUGAAAGCUACAUUCAAGACAACAUGAAGAGUGAAAUGGUGCAAAUCCAGCAGAAUGCAGUGCAAAACCAGACUGCAGCCAUGUUAGAAAUAGGAACAAACUUACUCACUCAACAAAGUCGCAAAAUAACAGAUGUCAAAGCUCAGGUUCUGAAUCAAACAUCUCGACUCGAGCUCCAACUUUUGGAAAAUUCCCUCUCCACUAAUAAAUUGGAAAAACAAAUCAUGGUCCAAACUGAUGAAAUAACAAAACUGCACAAAAGGAAUGGUUUACUGGAACAAAAAAUCUUGGAAAUAGAAGACAAACAUGCAGCAGAACUCGAAUCAUUAAAGGAAGAUAAAGAACAGCUGCAGGAUUUAGUGACAAGACAGAACGCCACCAUAGAGCAACUGGAAAAGCGACUGAAUAUUGCAACAACAAAUAACACAAUCCUUCAGAAACAACAGCUUGACUUGAUGGAGACAGUUACCAAACUGUUCAGUAUGGUUUCCCCAUCUAGUUCCAAACCUUCGAUUUUACCUCCAGGGCGACAAAUCCAUUUUAAAGAUUGUGCCGACGCAUACAAACUUGGAUUUAGAACGACCAACAUCUACACAAUUUAUGUACCCAACACCACUCAACCAAUAAAGGCAUUUUGUGAAAUGAAAAUCCAUGGAGGAGGAUGGACUGUGAUACAACGACGCCAAGAUGGCAAGACAGACUUCCAGCGCACAUGGAGAGAAUAUAAAAUGGGAUUUGGUGACCCUGCUGGAGAACACUGGUUGGGAAAUGAAUUUGUCUACCAAUUGACCAAUCAGAAGAACUACGUCCUUCGGAUCCAGAUGAGGGAUUGGGAAGCUAAUGAGGCCUUCUCACUGUACAACCAGUUCUACUUGGACAAUGAAUCACAAAAAUAUAGAAUCCAUCUGAAAGGCUACAGUGGAACAGCAGGCAAGAUAAGCAGUCUCAGCCAAAUGGGAAAUUCUUUCAGCACGAAGGAUUCAGACAACGACAAAUGUCUUUGCAAGUGUUCACAAAUGGCAUCUGGAGGGUGGUGGUUUGAUGCUUGCGGCCCAUCCAACCUGAAUGGAUUAUACUACUCAGCAGGGCAGAAUACAAACAGAUUCAAUGGAAUCAAAUGGUACUACUGGAAAGGUUCAGGGUAUUCCCUGAAGGCUACGACUAUGAUGAUCAGACCUGCUAACUUCUAAUUAUUAAUUUCUAUGGAGAUUGUUUAUUGUCAGACCAAAUUAUGUAUAAAGACUGUUCUUUAAAGCUCGUAUCACAAUUACAAGCAUGUUUAAAAUGUUGAUUAAUAUGUGCACAAUGCAUUAAUGUUUUAACUUACUGUUUGGAAGUGAAGAAGUCCAGAACUAAUGAACGGAUGUGAACAAACUGCUUGUAAAUUGCAUUCCAUCUAGUUUUGUAGCUAAUUCUGUUUUAAGAGGCAGCUUCUUGAAUUCAACUGAACACUGGGAAUAAUAAAAAGUCCAA